AUGUACAAUAACAGCUCCAGUGGUAGACCAGAGCAGUACUUGGAUGUUCCUUAUAUUAUUUCUGUCCUCACAUCAUGCAUUUGCAUCAUUGGACUUGUUGGGAAUGGAAUUGUCAUCUACCUUCUUGGUUUCCACAUCAAAAGGAGCCCUUUCACGGCGUACAUCCUGAACUUGGCUGUUGCUGACUUUGGGGUCCUUCUCUUUUUGUGUGUGAUUUCUUUUUUAUUACUAACCCAUGUAAGUUGUUUUCCAAAGAUAGUUGAAAUAGCUGUUUCAUGCAUGUAUAAUACUAGCCAAUUUCUGUUGACAGCCAUCAGCAUUCACAGGUGCAUGUCCGUCCUCUUCCCCGUCUGGUAUCGAUGCCACCGGCCAUUGCAUCUGUCCACUGUCAUUUGUGUAGUAAUAUGGGUUGCCUCCUUCCUGAUCUCAGUAAUUCUCGACCCCUUGGGACAUCUUUGGGAAUUUGAGAUAUAUUCCUAUCCGUUCGUUGCAGGUGUCGCUCUUUGCCUCCCUCUUGUCACUGUCUCCACCACAAUUCUCUUGUUCAAAAUCUUCUGUAAAUCACAACAGCCUCGGAGAGGAAGGCUUUUAACCAUCAUCUUCCUCACUCUUCUAUUCUUCCUAAUCUUUGCUUUUCCUCUGAAUGCUAUUUUGACACUAAUUUUUUUUAACUCUUCAAAAUAUGCCUAUCUGAUAAUAUAUGGCUUUGUAUGUGCCUGUCCGAAUAGCUGUGUCAACCCAGUGAUCUAUUUCAUGGUUGGAAGAAAGAAGAGGGGUCAAGGAUGGCAGGGCCUGAAAGCCAUACUCCAAAGAGCUUUUGAGGUGAAGGAAGAGCACAGAGAGGAAUCUUGCACCACAGCUCAAGUGAUCGCUAUGACACCUUCACAAUAG